AUGGCGCCAGUCGCGUCGACAAGGACCGCACGCGGCCUCUCACAGCGGGAGCUGAGGUACCUAAGGCGCUCGGCCGCCAAGUGCGACUCGAUGAGGGCAGUGCUCCAUAUCUCGGAGCUGCUCGAGUCCAUCCUUCUCCUCGUGGACUUGCGGACAAUCCUCACCUCUGCGCAGCGGGUCAGCCGCUCGUGGCAUGAUUUGAUCACCAGGUCGCCGGCGCUGCAGACGGCGCUGUUCCUCCGGCGCGAUGACCGCCCGGGGUUGGGCAGCCGGCCGACCCGGAACCCUUUCCUAGUCGACUUGUUCCCGUCUCUACGGGAGGAGGAUGGCAUAACAGCGCCAGCGCCCGAAGACUCGGGGAACUUGCCAUCUGCCUCAAAGGUUGAUAUCUUCACGCGCCCCAACGCUUCGUGGAGACGCAUGCUAGUACAGCAAUGUCCGGCGGCCUACAUACUGGGCAGGUGGCGCACUACGCUGAACCCGGAUUCAAUGCACCAGUCUGGAGAGCUAUACCUUUACGAGGAUGGGAUGCGGAUGGAGCAUAUCUACGGCGAGUCAGCGCAGAGGGUGGAAGGCUGCAGCUACCUCAACUGGGGUGGAGGUUUGUUCACCAAGGGCCGCACGCCGACCCCAGAUGUGCCAUCAGAGUUUCUGCAGGCACUCCCGGUGUCAAGCGCAAAACAUAAUGAGCUGUUGGAUAUGGCCGAUAUCGUGCACGAACUUUUGCCCUCCUUCGGCUGCGUCGACUUUGAAGAAUAUUUGACACCUUGGCGAUGUUCCGGCUGGGAGGGUUCUAGAAACGAAAGAGACAUUGACAUAGGGGUCAAAAUCUUAGAGUGGUCAGGAGAUAUCGACCACGAUGAUCUGUGA